UGGAUCAAUACUCAUCUGGCUAAGCGCAAUCCUCCCAUGCUGGUGAAUGAUCUGUUUGAAGAUAUCAAAGAUGGGGUGAUGCUAAUUGCCCUUUUGGAAGUUCUUUCAGGGCAGAAGCUGCCUUGUGAGCAGGGACGUCAGCUGAAGAGAAUUCACUGGGUUGCCAACAUUGGCACAGCUCUUAAGUUUCUAGAAGGAAGACGGAUUAAGCUUGUGAACAUAAACUCAACUGAUAUUGCUGAUGGCAGGCCUUCUAUUGUGCUUGGCUUGGUGUGGACCAUAAUUUUGUAUUUUCAGAUUGAAGAGCUUACCAGCAACCUCCCACAGCUGCAGUCGUUGUCUAGCAGUGCUUCUUCUGUGGAGAGUGUUGUCAGUUCAGAAACUGCGAGUCCUCCAAGCAAACGGAAGGUGGUAACCAAGGUCCAAGGAAGUGCCAGGAAGGCUUUGUUAAAAUGGAUACAGUACACAGCAGCAAAGCAAGUUGGAAUUGAAAUAAAAGAUUUUGGACAAAGUUGGAGGAGUGGUGUUGCAUUUCAUUCCGUUAUUCAUGCUAUCCGCCCAGAUUUAGUGGACAUGGAGAAAGUGAGGGGAAGGUCAAAUAGAGAAAACCUGGAAGAAGCCUUCACUCUUGCAGAAGCGGAACUAGGAAUUCCAAGGCUCCUUGAUCCAGAAGAUGUGGAUGUUGACAAGCCAGAUGAAAAGUCUGUCAUGACCUAUGUAGCCCAGUUUUUGAAGUACUAUCCUGAUCCGCAUCAUACAGUGACUGAUGUGCAGGAGAAUGAUGAACUUCAAGCAAUCCCAACUUUUGUGAUUUCUUUUAUGAAAUUUAAGAAGGAAGACAGACUGAUGCUGAGAGACCUAAAAGUGUGGGCAGAACAAUUUGAAAGAGACUUAGCCCGAGCACAGAUGGCAGAAACAAGCUUACAGGAGAAAUACCAGUCAUUUAAGCAUUUCAGAGUACAAUAUGAGGUAAAAAGGAAACAGAUUGAACUUGUAACCCAGUCAUUAAGGAAAGAUGGUAAAUUAUCACUUGAUCAAGCUAUGGUGAAGCAAGCAUGGGACAGAGUUUCUUCCAGGCUACUUGAUUGGCACGUACACCUUGAUAAAUCUCUUCCUGCACCUUUGGGUACCAUAGGUGCUUGGCUCUAUAGAGCAGAGGCUGCUCUGAGGGAAGAAGUAACUGUUCACCAAGCUCAUGAGGAAACAGCGAAUACAAUACACCGGAAGCUUGAACAACAUAAGGAUCUGCUGAAAAACAUAGAUGGUCACAAAAAGGCAUUCCAUGAGAUCCACGGGGCCAGGUCUGUUAACGGAGUACCUGUUCCACCUGACCAAUUAGAGGAUAUGGCACAGAGGUUUAAUUUUGUUGUCUCUUCAUCUGAGCUCCAUCUGUUGAAGAUGGAGUUUCUGGAACUGAAGUACCGUCUACUGUCACUCUUAGUCCUUGCAGAAUCAAAGUUAAAAUCAUGGAUUAUCAAAUAUGGAAGGCGAGAGUCGGUGGAACUACUUCUUCAGAAUUAUAUUUCUGUUAUUGAAAAUAGUAAGUUCUUUGAGCAGUAUGAAGUUACUUACCAGAUCUUGAAAAGAGCAGCUGAAAUGUAUGCCAAAGCAAAUGGCUCAGUGGAAGAAGUUGAGAAUGUGAUGAAAUUCAUGAAUGAAACAACAGCACAGUGGAGGAACCUCUCGGUAGAGGUGAGAAGUGUAAGAAGCAUGUUGGAAGAAGUAAUUGCUAAUUGGGACAGAUAUAGCAGCACUGUGGCAGGUCUACAAGCUUGGCUGGAAGAUGCUGAAAAAAUGCUGAAUGAGCCUGAACAUUCUAAAAAGGAUUUCUUCCGGCACUUACCUCAUUGGAUCCAGCAGCACACAGCCAUGAAUGAUGCUGGUAAUUUUCUGAUAGAAACAUGUGAUGAAACCAUUUCCAGAGACCUUAAACAGCAGCUUCUGUUACUAAAUGGAAGAUGGAGAGAAUUGUUUAUGCAAGUUAAGCAGUAUGCUCGAGCAGAUGAACUAGACAAAAUGAGGAAGGAAUACUUGGAUGGUGUUGCCCAUUUGACAGCUUUUAUUGAUGGAAGCAAUAGGAAAUUUUCAGUCCCUGUAGAAGUGUCCUUCCUUGAUGUCAAAAUGUUUGUGCAAGAUUUAGAAAAUAUUAAGCAGAAAUUGCCUGCGAUGGAAGCUCAGUACAAAAUGGUUACAAAAACGGCACAACUUGUUACAAAAGAAGUUUCCCAAGAGGAAGUCAAUGAAAUGCUUGGAACGUUGACAAGGAUCAAAGAGCAGCUGGGCAAGGUUAAGGAGUAUUCCUGUGCCCUGCUGUAUGAAUGCCAGCAUCUGCUGUCUCCACUGGAAGAACUGGAGAAACAAAUCACACAUUUUUAUGAGUCUCUUGAAAAAGUCAAUGAAAUAAUUUCUAUCCUGGACCCUGAAGCACAACCUACAACUGUUCUUAAACAAAAAGCCCAAGAUUUGGUAGCUUAUCAAGAAAACUGCAAGAAAGAUUUGUCCCUGAUUGAGAGAAAUAGUCAGAGUAUCCUGCAGUGUGUGGCUUCAAGUGAAGUGUUACAGCAUUUCCAUCAGUCAACAUUUCAGAAGAAAGUUACACAAGUUCAGAUUACUUUUCAGAAUAUGGUCAGGAAAGCUGGUGACUGGAGAAAAAACAUAGAAGCAAAUAGCCGUUUGAUGAAGAAAUUUGAGGAGUCUAGAGCAGAACUGGAGAAAGUAAUACAGAUUGCCAAUUGUUGCUUAAAAGAAAAAGGAAAUCCUGAAGAACUUCUAAGGAAACAUAGCGAAUUCUUUAACCAGUUGGAUCAGAGAGUCCUAAAUGCCUUUCUGAAAGCGUGCGAUGAACUUACUGACAUCCUCCCAGAACAAGAGCAACACAACCUGCAGGAAGCUGUGAGAAAACUCCAUAGGCAGUGGAAGGAUCUUCAAACAGAAGCCCCAUAUCAUUUGAUCCACUUGAAGAUUGAAGUACAGAAAAGCAAGUUCCUGGUCACAGUGGAGGAGUGCAAAGCUGAGCUAGCUCGACAGAACAAGGUGUUAUCAAGAGAAGGCAACGAAAGGAUGAUCGAGGAACACAUGUUGUUCUUUGGUGGCAAGGGAUCUUACCAGCUUUGUGAGAAAAGGCUACAACGGAUUGAAGAACUGUGCCAAAAACUGCCAGUUUCUGAUCCAGUGAGGGCUACAUUGGAAAGCAGCCAACGAAUCCUGAAGGAGCUCAAAUCCCAGAUAGACAGCACAUACGUAAAGUUAACAGAGCACUCGGACACCUGGAAGGGCUAUAAGAACAGAUUUUCUGAAUUGGCAAACUGGAUUUCGUCAACAGAAAGAGAGCUAAAGAAGAUAAAGGAGAGUGUCAAUGAUACUGCCAAAUACAAGCAAUUUAAAGCAUCCGUGGGGGAAAUUAGGAAGCAUACUAAGAAGCAAGGAGAAAAUCACAGCUGGCUGAAAUCUAGACUUGCUGUUUUGACCACAGUAUGUCCUGAUUUGGAGGCCAAAAAGACAGAGGAUGAGCUUUGUAAACUUUCCAGUGACUUCAAGGGACUCCUAGAUUUUCUGGCUGAGAUUGAAAAGACUUUAGGCACUGUUGGAGACUGUGUUCAGUACAAAGAAGAAGUUAAAAAUGCAAUUGAAGAGUUAAUCAACAACUCUAAAGAAGCCCAAGCAGAGGCUGAAAAGAUCCUGGAUACAGAAAGUUUAUUACAAGCUCAGCAACUACUACUUCAUCAUCAGCAAAGGACAAGGAGGCUUCGUGCAAAGAGGCAAGAUGUGCAACAGCAGAUUUCCCAAGCUAAACAGUUGCAGAUUGAAGGUGGACUGCCCAGCACAAUGCACGAGGAUUUACAAAAGUUGGAAGGAACAUUGGAGAACAUGCAGCAGACUAUGGAGAAACGUGAAGAGCAACUGCAGGUCACAAUAAAUAAAUGGGAGCAGUUUGAAAGGGACAAAGAAACAGUAGUAAAAUAUCUCAAUCAAGCAAGCUCUGCACUUGAACGUAUCUUAAACUUUAGCAGUUUAGAGAGCCUCUCCUCAGAACUGGAUCAGACAAAGGAACUUUCUAAACAGACUGAAGCAAUGGCAGUACAGGCUGAGAAUUUGGUGAAGAAUUCUUCUGAGAUACAGCUUGGUUCAAAGAACAAGCAGUCCCUUCAGCAACAGGCAAAAUCAAUCCAAGAACAAGUGAAAAAAGUGGAAGUUACUCUUGAAGAAGAUAUUAAAAGCAUGGAAAUGAUGAAAAACAAGUGGGAUCAUUUUGGCAAUAAUUUUGAAGCUCUGUCCAUCUGGAUAGCUGAACAAGAAAAAGAACUGGAAACUUUGGAAACAUCAUCAUCUCCUUUGGACAUACAGAUCAGCCAAAUCAAGGUUAUUAAUAAAGAAAUAGAUGGUAAAAUAACUGGAAUCUCAAAACUAGAAGAGGAAGCCGAGUCUUUUUCCCAGUUUGUUACCUCUGGAGAAUGUGCACAUAUUAAAGCCAAACUAACUCAGGUCAAAAGGUAUUGGGAAGAGCUAAGAGAUCAUGCACAGAGACUGGAAGGAACAAUCAGAGGGAAUGCAUCAGCACAGCAGAAAUAUGAAGAAAGUCUUAAACAGGUGCAGCAGGCAGUGUCUGAAUUUGAAGCUAAGCUAGCUGAGCCUCUCACAUCGUGCUCUUCAUCAUCAACAACAUACACAGCCCUUCAGGAUUGCAUGGACCUUUGUCAUGCUGUGGAAAAACUGAGCAACACUCUGGCCUCUGUCUCAGCCUGUGCCCGAAAGGUGGCCAACAAAGAAAAAGCUGCUCAGGAGGUUACAGCGUUACAGCAGAAAUAUGAAAAAGUGCUAGAAAAUGCUAAAGAGAAACAGACCUUAUUAGACACUCUUCUGGCUCAGUGGCAGAAGCAGGAGAAGGAGCUGUCUGCCUUCCUGACCUGGUUGGAGGGGUGUGAAGCUACAGCCAGGCCUUCAGAGCAGUAUGUUUCUGCUGACAGAGUUAAACUGGAAGGUGAACUGCAGUCAUUGCAGGAUUUGCGAGGAGAUAUUGAGUCCCAUGCUUCAGUCUAUGCGAGCCUAUUACAGUUAAAUGAGUCGCUAUUCCCAACAGCUUCCAGACAGUGUGUGAAAACAAUAAAAGAAAAAUUUGAAGAGCUGGAUGAGAGGUGGAAAGCUUUACCACAAACUGUUGAUAAAAGGAUCAACUUCCUGCAAUCUCUUGUUGCUGAGCAUGGGCAGUUUGAUGAGCUCCUGCUCAGGUUUUCAGACUGGAUUAAGCAGUUUCUUGCUGAACUACAAGCCACUUCAGAGAUAAACACGGCUGAUCAACAACUAGCUGCAUCUCACAAUAAGAACCACUCAAUGGAAGUUGAAAGUAAGAAACAGCAAUUACAAAGCCUGAAGGAACAUGUAGAUAAAUUGUGUUCUUUCAGCUGCCCAGAGGACCAGCAGACAUUGCAGGGAAAGACUGAAGAUUGCUUUCAGAUCUUCCAGGAGGCAAGUCAAAUAACUAGCCAAAGACAAGAGGCUCUGGAUCAGCUGCGGGUAUUCCUGGAGCUCCACGGUUCUGCAUCAGGAGUGCUCCACCAGCUGAGGCAGACAGUGGAGAAAACAGGAAAUAUGGAUAAAGCUAAAUCUGAAUUACUGGAGAAGGAACUCAAUGAUGUUAUUCAAGAUCUUAAUACGCUGGAAUCUGUUGCCAUCAGUUUGGAUGGUUCCCUUACUAAGGCCCAGUAUCAUCUAAAACACAGCGUUUCUGAGCAGAGGACCUCCUGCAGGGCUGUGGUGGAUAAUCUGUACUUGGAACUGGAGGCAGUUCAAAACCUACUGGGAACCAAACAGAGUGAGGCAGAAGCUCUUGGAGCCUUGCGAAGAUCUUUCAUGGAACGUAAAGAACAGCUACUGAAGAGUAUUGAAGAUGCUGAGGAAAAGGCUGACAAGGAGGGCCUGAAGGAGGCAACACUACAAGCCCUCCAGCGAAGAUUGAGGAUCUUUAACCAGUUAGAUGAAGAAUUGAAUUCUCACCAGCAUGAACUCCAGUGGCUCAUGGACAAAGCAAAACAAAUAGCCCAAAAAGAUAUUACACUUGCUCCUGAGAUCGACAAAGAGAUAAAUUGCUUAGAAUCUCUGUGGGAGGAUACCAAGAAAGUUAUACAUGAAAAAAAGGAGCAGUCCUGCAUUCUUAUCGAUUUGAUGAAGGAAUAUCAGAGCUUGAAGUCAACAGUAAUGAAAGUCAUAGACAGUGCUGACAGUGCUUCUGUGAUCAAAUCCAUUUGGAAGGAUCAUGAAGAUGUCAGGCGAACUUUAUCGAAGCAUGAAGCGGCCAAGAAUGAUCUGAGUGCUAAACAAAAAGACCUGGAUACUUUCACCAAUAAAGGAAAACAUUUGUUAGCAGAAUUGAAAAGAGUGCAUAACUGUGACUCCACUGCGGUAAAAACAGAUAUGAACUGUAUGGUGGACAAAUGGCUAGAUGUGUCUGAAAGAAUUGAAGACAACAUCAACCAGCUGAGUGUAAGCGUGUCUCUAUGGGAUGACAUCCUGAAAACUGGAGAUGAAAUGGAUGGAUGGUGCAAUAAGUGCAUUUCUCAACUGAAUGAAGGCAUCAACAACUUGAGUAACAGUCAGAGAAUGGAGAUCCUCCUGAAAGACUUCCAGUCUGAAGUCAAGGAUAAAGAAGUGAAGUUGGAGCAGCUUAGUUCCAAAAUUUCAGAUCUCAAAGAACUGACCCAUAGUCAAGAGCCUCCUGCAGAUCUCCAGUUUAUAGAAUCAGAUUUGAGGCAGAAGUUGGAACAUGCCAAAGAAAUGUCAGAGACAGCAAAAGAGACACUGAAAGAUUUCAGUACUCAGAAGGUGCAGUUACAGAAGUUUAUUGAUCAGAUGACAGACUGGUUAACAAAAGUGGAAGAGACACUGUUAAGCUGUGCGUGUAACCUGGAUCCUGAAGCUCUAAAUAAAGUGAAGGAAACACAAAAAGACCUUCAGCUUCAGCAGAGCAGCAUUGACUCGACCCGUGAGAACCUGAACAGCCUGUGUCGCAAAUACCAUUCUGUAGAGCUGGAAACUCUUGGUGGCACUGUCACUUCAUUAAUAAAGAAGUAUGAAGCUGUGAAUCUGCUCUGUUCCAGAACACAGGCCAGCAUGCAAGAGUCCUUGGAAAAACAUUUCCUCCAUUCUAUGCAAGAAUUCCAGGAAUGGUUUUCUGGUGUGAAGGCUGCAGUAAAAGAAUCAUCUGACAGGUCUGGAGACAGCAAGGCCAUAGAGGCAAAACUACAUGACUUGCAGAGUGUGCUGGAUUCUGUUAGUGAGGGACAGAACAAGUUAGAUGCUGCCUGCAAGGAAGGAGAAAGUUUGUAUGCUUGCUUACCCAAACCAGUUGUGAGCCAUAUUCAGGAGCAAGUAGCGAAGUCUAACCAGAACUUCCAGGAAUUCCUCAGCCAGUGUCUGAAUGAUAUGAAGGCCCUGGAAGCUUGUGCCUCACACCUGGGAAGCUUUGAAGAUCAGCACAAGAAACUUGGCCUGUGGAUACAUGAAAUGGAAGAAAGAAUAAGCACAGAAGCAUUAGGAGAGAGCAAACAGCUUAUUCCUGAGAAGAAAAAGGAGGUGCAGAAAGUGGAAAAGUUCCUGGAAGAGUUACUGAAUUCAAGGGAAUCUUUUGAUAAGCUGUCCCAAAUGGCACAGACUUUAAAUGAAGAAGGCCAUGGUGCAGGGAGGGAAGUGCGCCUGGCUUCUCAACAUCUCACCGAUUAUCAAAACAUGGUCAAAACUGUCAAGGAAAAGCUGCGAACAUGUCAGCUUGCACUCCAAGAGCAUCUCACUUUGGAGGAGGCAUUACAGAGUAUGUGGUCAUGGGUGAAAGAGGUUCAAGAUAAACUGGCAUCAUCAGGGAGCACUGUUGGUAGCAAAGCCACACUAGAGAGACGACUGACACAAAUUCAGGAGAUCCUCUUACUCAAAGGUGAUGGUGAAGUUAAGCUGAACAUGGCCAUUGGCAAAGGAGAACAAGCACUUAGAAGCAGCAAUGAGGAAGGACAAAAGGUGAUACAAACCGAGCUUCAGAUGCUGAAGGACGUAUGGAAUGACAUCAUCAGCACCUCAGUGAAUUGGCAGAGCUGCCUAGAGUCUGUCAUUAGCCAGUGGAAUGAAUAUCUGGAAAGGAAGAACCAGCUGGAGCAGUGGUUAGAGAAAAUGGAUCACAAAGUGGAACAGCCUUUAGAACCACAGAUUGGUCUGAAGGAGAAGUUUGCUCAGCUGGACCACUUCCAGGCUAUUGUUUCUGAGAUAGAGGAUCACUCUGGUGAUUUGCAGCAACUCAUUGAAAAAGCUGUGGAACUGUAUGAAAAAACAGAGGAUGAUUCUUUUGGAGAAGCAGCUCAAGAAGAACUAAAAACACAGUUUAAUGACAUCACAACUGUAGCCAAGGAGAAAAUGAGGAAAGUGGAAGAUAUUGUGAAGGACCAUUUGCUAUACCUUGAUGCUGUGCAUGAAUUCACAGACUGGCUCCAUUCUGCAAAGGAAGAGCUGCAGCGCUGGUCAGAUGCAUCUGGAGAUACAUCAACCAUACAGAAAAAGCUGGCCAAAAUCAAUGAGCUGGUAGAGUCCCGCCAGAUCGGCGCGGGCCGCCUCGGCCGAGUGGAGACGCUGGCUCCCGCCGCGAAGCGCAGCACGACUGCCGGCGGGUGCCAGCUGCUGGCCGCCGAGAUGCAGGCCCUGCAGUCGGACUGGAAGCAGUGGGAGAGCGCCUUCCGGAGCCAGAGCAGCCUGCGGGAUGUGCUGAGCCAGAUGGCCCUGUCGGAGCAGGAGUUCGCGGCGCAGGUCGCGCAGCUGGAGGAGGCCGUGCAGCGGUUCGGCGGGCUGCUGGCCGCCUGGUCGCAGAGCCUGGCCCCCCUCGACAGCCGGCACACCGACGCGGAGGUCGUGGAGAGCUGGCGCAAGGAGAAAGAAACAUUGGAUGCUCUGGUAAAGUCUGAACAUAUGACAGAUGAGAUCAAAACUCAGUUGAACGAUCUUUGUAGAUUUUCCAGAGAUUUGAGUACUCAUUCUUCAAAAGUUUCAGGAUUGAUUAAGGAGUAUAACAGCCUCUGCCUGCAAGCUUCAAAAGGAUGUCAGAGCAAAGAGCAGAUCUUGCAGCAAAGAUUUCGGAUGGCUUUCAGGGACUUCCAGCAGUGGCUGAUCAAUGCAAAAGUCACCACAGCCAAAUGCUUUGACGUGCCUCAAAAUAUCAGUGAAGCUUCAGCAAGUCUGCAGAAAAUACAGGAAUUCUUAUCGGAAAGUGAGAAUGGGCAGCAAAAACUAAACCUGGUAGCAUCCAAAGGAGAACUGCUGUGCUCUGUUUUGCCAAAGGAAAAGGCUAAAGUUAUCCGGGACAAAUAUGCUACUGCUAAAGAAGAUUGGAAAAAUUUUAUCACCACCCUCCACCAGAAGGAAUCUGCAUUGGAGAACUUAAAGCUCCAGAUGAAGGACUUUGAAGCAACAGCUGAGCCUCUGCAGGAGUGGCUGACCACAACUGAGAAGAUGGUACAAGGAAGUAGCAGUCGGCUCCAUGAUCUUCCUUCCAAGAGGAGAGAACAGCAAAAGUUGCAGUCUGUCCUUGAGGAAAUAAGCUGCCACGAGCAUCAGCUCAACAGGCUAAAAGAGAAAGCUCAGCAGCUGUGGGAAGAGCAAGCUGUCAGCAAAAGCUUUAUGCGCAGAGUGUCUCAGUUGUCUUCUCAAUAUCUUACUUUAAGCAAUCUGACAAAGGAGAAAGUUUCCAGAAUGGAUAGGGUCGUAGCAGAGCACCAGCAGUUCUCGCACAGUGUCAAGGACCUCCAGGACUGGGUGGCUGAUGCAGUUCACAUGCUGGAUUCCUACUGUCAUCCCACUGCAGACAAGAGUGUUCUGGACAGCCGGAUGUUAAAGCUAGAGGGACUGCUAGCAGUGAAACAAGAAAAAGAAAUCCAAAUGAAAAUGGUUCUGACAAGAGGAGAAUCUGUUCUGCAAAAUACCUCUCUGGAGGGAGUACCUGUGGUUGAACGGCAGUUGCAAACCCUGAAGGACAGCUGGGCUUCUCUUCUGUCUGCUUGUAUCCAGUGCAAGAGUCAACUGGAAGGAGCUCUCUCCAAAUGGACGAGUUACCAGGAUGAUGUUCGUCAGUUUUCCAGCUGGAUGGAUAAAGUAGAAGCAAGUAUGAACGCUUCUGAAAGGCAAUAUGCUGAACUGAGGGAAAAAACAGCUGCCCUCAGCAAAGCAAAGCUACUCAGUGAAGAGGUGUUGAGUCACAGCAGCCUGUUGGAGACGAUUGAAGUGAAAGGAAGUGGGAUGGCUGAGCAUUAUGUUGCUCAGCUUGAACUCCAGGACCUUCAGGAGCGGUAUAAGUUCCUCAAAGACAGAACGAGGGAGGCGGUAACAAAAGCUGAAGGAUUGCUUAACUUACAUCAAGAGUACCAAAGAAAUCUGAAGGCCUUUGAAGUAUGGCUGGAGAAGGAACAGGAAAAACUUGACUGUUUAUCGCAUCUUGAUGGUGAUGCCCAGAAACAAGAGGCAACACUCCGAGACCUACAGGAGCUGCAGGUCCACUGUGCAGAAGGACAAGCGUUAUUGAAUGCUGCUGUCCGUGCCAGAGAGGAGGUGAUUCCCUGGGGCAUUCCCCAGAUAGAAGACCGAGCCCUGGAAUCCUUACGGCAGGAUUGGCAAGUUUAUCAGCACAGGCUUUCUGAAGCAAGAAGCCAAUUAAAUGCCACUGUGAGCAGACUGAGGUUAAUGGAGAAAAAAUUUCAGAAGGUUAAUGACUGGCUAACAGACCUGGAGGAGAAAAAGUGGCAUGAAGAAAUUACAAUCUACAAAGAUGAUGUGGAGGAAGUUGGGGUAUUGGCUCAGCAAAUACUAGAGGAAAAUCUCACUGCAAGUAGAAUGGGAAGCCAGGCUACGCAGCUUACGUCUCGCUACCAAACUCUUCUUCUUCAUGUCUUAGAGCAAAUAAAGUUUCUGGAAGAAGAAAUACGCUGUAUGGAGGAGUCAGAAUUGGCUUUUAGUGCUUACACGAAUUGGUACGGAGCUACUAACAAGAACUUCAGAAAUGUGAUCACCAAGUUUGACGUGGUUGAUAAAACAGCAAUGGAGAAAAAAGUGCAGAAGCUAGAGCUGCUGUUGAGUGAUAUGGACAUAGGCCACAGUUUACUGAAAUCCGCCCGUGAGAAGGGGGAGCGAGCUAUAAAGUACAUGGAAGAAAAUGAAGUUGACCAGUUAAGAAAAGAAAUUGGAGAUCAUGUGGAACAGCUUGAAGAGCUGGCUGGCUCCAUCAGGAAAGAGCACAUGACUUCAGAGAAGUGCCUUCAGCUGGCAAAGGAGUUCUCAGACAAGUACAAGGCACAGACUCAGUGGGUCACGGAGUACCAAGCCAUGUUACAUGCUCCAGCGGAACCAAAGAGCGAACUCUAUGAGAAGAAGGCCCAGUUGUCCAAAUACAAGUCCAUACAGCAGACUGUUCUGUCCCAUGAGCCUUCAAUAAAAUCAGUGAUUGAAAAGGGAGAAGCACUUUUUGAUCUGGUGAAUGAUGUGACUCUAAAGAACAACAUUCAAGACCUUCAGAGCAGUUACCAGGAACUCUGCAGAACAACAAAGGCUAUCAUGGAAGAAAUUGCAGGAUUUGAAGAUCGUUUGAACAACCUUAAGAGUAAAGGUGAUUACUUGAUCGAUCAAUGCACAGAACAUCUUCAAGCAAAAUUUAAGCAAAACAUACAAAGCCAUCUUCAGGGGACAAAGGACAGCUAUUCUGCCAUAUGUAGCACAGCCCAAAGAGUGUACCAGAGUUUGGAACAUGAACUCCAGAAGCAUGUUAAUCAUCAGGAUACCCUACAACAGUGCCAGACUUGGCUGUCUACAGUGCAGUCAGAGCUAAAGCCAGCUACCUGGCCACCUUUCAGCCUGGCAGAUGCAGUUAAACAGGUAAAACAUUUCCGGGCUCUGCAGGAGCAGGCCAAUACAUACUUGGAUCUUCUGUGCUCCAUGUGUGACCUGUCAGAUGCCACAGUGAAGAGUACAGCUACAGAUAUUCAACAAACAAAACAAAUGAUUGAGCAACAGAUAAUGCACUCACAGUAUUUGGCUCAAGGUUGGGAAGAGAUCAAACAAAUGAAGGCUGAGCUCUGGAUAUAUUUCCAGGAUGCAGAUCAACAACUACAGAAUUUGAAAAGGAGACGGGCAGAGUUGGAGCUAAACAUUGCCCAGAAUAUGGUACUCCAGGUUAAGGAAUUCAGUCAGAAGUUGCAGUCUAAGCAGUCAGCUCUUACCUCUGUUACUGAGAAGAUGAACAAACUAACCCAAGGACAGGAAUCACCUGAACACAAGGAAAUAGGAGAACUGAGCAACCAGUGGCUGGACCUCUGCCUUCAGGCACACAGUUUGCUCAUGCAGAGGGAGGAGGAUCUGCAGAGAACGGGGGAUUACCAUGAUCGCAUGAAUGUAGUUGAAGUUUUCUUGGAAAAGCUCACAAAAGAGUGGGACAACCUGGCUAGAUCUGAUGCUGAAAGUACAAACGUGCACCUUGAAGCUUUGCAAAAAUUGGCACUGGCACUACAGGAAAGGAAAUUUGCUCUGGAAGAUUUGAAAGAUCAGAAACAGAAGAUGAUAGAACAUCUGAAUCUUGAUGACAAAGAAUUAGUAAAGGAGCAAUUUGGUCAUUUCGAACAACGCUGGACUCAGCUGGAGGACCUUGUCAAAAGGAAAAUUCAAGUUUCUGUUUCAACCUUAGAAGAGCUCAGUUUGGUGCAUUCCAAAUUUCAGGAACUAAUGGAAUGGGCGGAGGAGCAGCAACCUAGUAUCUCAGAGGCUCUUAAACAGAGCCCUCCUCCAGAUUUGGCUCAGAGCCUUCUCAUGGAUCAUCUUACCAUUUGCAGUGAGCUUGAAGCCAAACAGCUUGUUCUGAAGAUGCUUGUGAAGGAUGCUGACAGGGUGAUGACCAACCUAGGGCUCAAUGAAAGGCAGGAGCUGCAGAAAGCACUUUCUGAUGCUCAGCACCAUGUAGAUUGUCUCAGUGAUCUGAUUGGCCAGAGGAGAAAGCACCUGAAUAAAGCACUGUCUGAAAAGACCCAGUUUCUCAUGGCAGUCUUUCAGGCUACAAACCAAAUUCACCAGCAUGAGAAGAAGGUAACGUUUCCGGAGCACAUUUGUCUGUUGCCAGAAGAUGUGAACAAACAGAUCAGGACUUGUAAGAAUGCCCAGGCUAACCUGAAGGCCUAUCAAAAUGAAGUCACGGGGUUGUGGGCUCAAGGAAGGGAUUUGAUGAAAGAAGCAACAGAACAAGAAAAGAGUGAAGUGUUAGGUAAACUGCAAGAACUACAGAAUGUGUAUGACACUGUUUUACAAAAGUGUAACCAGAGAUUGUUAGAACUGGAGAAAAACAUAGUUUCCAGGAAAUAUUUCAAAGAAGACUUGGAUAAAGCUUGCCAUUGGCUAAAACAAGCGGAUAUUGUCACAUUCCCAGAAGUCAAUGUAAUGAAUUCUAACUCUGAACUAUACAGCCAGUUGGCAAAAUAUCAACAGAUUCUUGAGCAAUCUCCAGAAUAUGAAAAUCUGUUACUUGCACUGCAAAGAGAUGGCCAAGAAAUCCUACCGUCACUUAAUGAAGUGGAUCAUUCGUAUCUGGAUGAAAAACUUAACAUUCUCCCUCAGCAAUUCACUAUUGUCACUGCUCUGGCAAAAGAAAAAUUAUAUAAAGUUCAGGAAGCCAUUUAUGCCAGAAAAGAGUAUGCCUCUCUGAUAGAGUUGACAAGGAAAGCUCUGACUGAGCUAGAAGAUCAGUUUAUUAACACGGACAAAGCUCCGGCUGCUGUUUUAGCCAAAGAAGCUGUGUCACUCCAGCAGGCCUAUAGAGAUCUCUUAGGUGAAGUGGUGAGCCUUGGUGCAGCAGUGGAUGAACUAAACCAGAAGAAGGAGGCCUUUCGAAGCACUGGCCAGCCAUGGCAACCAGAUGAGAUGUUAAAACUUGUCACGCUGUAUCACAAGUUGAAGAGGCAAAUAGAACAGAAAAUCAACCUGUUGGAAGACACAAUAGAAGCAUGCCAGGAGCAUGAGAAAAUGUGUAUGCAGUUUGAGGCACAACUAGAGGCAGUGAAGAAGGAGCAGAUUAAGGUAAAUGAAGAAACGCUCCCAAUAGAAGAAAAGUUGAAAAUAUACCAUUCUCUGGUGGGCAGCUUGCAAGACUUGGGGAGUCUUCUGAAACGAAUAACUGAACAUCUAGAAGCCCUUUCUCCUCAGCUUGACUCAUCUGCCUGUGAGACAACAAAUCACCAAGUGCAGUCUUGGCAAGAGAAACUAAAGUCUUUGCAUGCUGCCAUUGGUGACACCGUGAUGGAGUGUGAGAACAGACUUGUUCAAAGCAUAGACUUCCAGACAGAAAUUUGCCGCUCACUCGACUGGUUGAGAUGGGUGAAAACAGAACUUAAUGGAACAUUAAGUUUGGACCUCAAACUUCAAAGCAUCCAAGAAGAAAUCCGAAAGGUUCAGAUACAUCAGGAAGAAGUACAGUCAAGCCUGAGAAUAAUGAAUGCACUGAGCAAUAAAGAGAAAGAGAGGUAUAUGAAAGCAAAGGAGCUGAUACCUGCUGACCUGGAAAACACUCUUGCUGAGCUGACAGAACUAGACGGUGAAGUUCAAGAAGCUAUACACAUGAGACAGGCUACCUUGAAUAAAUUAUAUAGCCUCUGCCAAAGAUACUACCAAGUGAUGCAGAUAGCAAAUGACUGGCUUGAAGAUGCUCAGGAAUUUCUACUUUUAGCAAGAAAUGGGCUUGAUGUUGAGAACUCUGAGGAGAACCUAAGGAACCACAUUGAAUUUUUCAGCACAGAAAGUGAGUUCAGUAAUCAUUUGAAGGAGUUACAGGGCCUUGUGCCUGAGAUAGAGCCCUUUAUCCAAGCCACAGCAAAAGAGCAGCUGAUGCAGAAUGUAGCUGCAUUGGAAGAAAAGGCCAAAGGGACAAAGCAAGAAGCCAAAACCCAGCAAGAGCAGUUACAAAGGUGUGCUUCUGAGUGGCAGGAGUACCAGACAGCAAGACAGAAGGUUAUUGAAGUGAUGAAUGAGGCUGAGAAAAAAUUAUCUGAAUUCUCAGUAGCUAAAGCUGCUUCUUCUCAUGAAGCAGAAGAGAAAUUGCUAACACAUAAGACUCUUGUGUCUGUAGUAAAUUCUUUCCAUGAGAAGAUCACAGCCCUAGAAGAAAAGGCUUCACAGCUGGAAAAAGUUAGCAAUGAUGCCAGUAAGGCAACUAUAAGUAGAUCCAUGACAACAGUUUGGCAGCGCUGGACACGGCUCCGGAAUGUAGCCCAAGAGCAAGAGAAAAUUUUGGAAGAUGCAGUGCAGGAAUGGAAGGGCUUUAAUGAUAAGAUUCAGAAAGCCACCAUAGCAAUAGAUCAGCUACAAGGUCGCUUACCAGAAAGCUCAGUGGAAAAGGCAUCCAAGACGGAGCUCCUGGAACUCCUGGAUUACCACAGUGGUUUUCUUCUGGAGGUGGAGCACCAGCUGUCAUCUUUGGGCCUGCUCAAACAGCACGCUGUCAGCAUGCUUCAGGAUGUGGAAAUAAAGCCUUCGUCUCAGGAGGAACUACCAGUCAUGCAAGAAAUCAAAGCAAUGCAAGAUCGAUGCCACAAUAUGCAACAGAAAGUGAAAAAAGGUGUGAAGAUGGUGAAACAGGAGCUGAAAGAGCGUGAGGAGGUUGAAGCAGAGAUUAAUAUUGUGAAGUCCUGGAUCCAGGAAACAAAAGAAUAUUUAUUAAGCCCUGAUGUAGAAGUGGAUACUCAACUUCAGGAGUUGCAGUCUCUCCUUGGUGAAGUAACUACUCAUCGCCAGGCUGUUGAAAAAAUGGCUGAACAACAACAGAAUAAGUACUUGGGGCUUUAUACCAUUUUGCCUUCUGAACUCUCUCUUCAUUUAGCAGAAGUUGGGCUGGCCCUUGUAACUGUACAGGAUCAGAUUCAAACCAAAGAAAGAGAAACUCAGCAGAUCAAAACAUUGAAUCAAGAGUUUGGUCAGAAAAUCCAGGGGAUAGCAAAUGAGCUAAAUGUCAUUCUUUCCAAACUGAAAAAGAAAACAAAUGAUAUAGCACAAGCUAAACUUGAACAAAAGAUCCUCGGUGAAGAGUUGGACAGCUGCAAUAUAAAGCUGUUGGAAUUAGAUGCAUCAGUUCAGGACUUUGCAGAGCAGAACGUACCGCUGGCUAAGCAGCUGGCUAACAGGAUAGGGAAACUCACUGCAUUGCACCAACAGACCAUACGGCAGGCUGAGUACAGAGCAGCCAAGCUCAGUCAGGCUGCUUCACACUUGGAAGAAUACAAUGAGAUGCUGGAGUUCAUAUUGAAAUGGAUCGAGAAAGCAAAUAUCCUAGUGCAUGGUAGUAUAACAUGGAAUUCUUCCUCUCAGCUUCGUGAUCAGUUUAAAGCCUACCAGACUAUGCUUGAUGAGUCUGGAGAGAUUCAUGGUGAUCUUGAGGCCAUGAGUGAGAGGAUUGAAUAUCUGGCAAGUGUAUACUGUACUGAAGGAAUGUCACAGCAAGUGCUGGAACUGGGGCGGCGGACAGAGGAAUUACAGCAAGUUAUCAAAGUGCGGCUACCAAAUCUCCAAGAUGCUGCCAAGGACAUGAAGAAAUUUGAAGUUGAGCUGCGAGCCCUGCAGGCUGCUCUGGAGCAAGCCCAAGCCACGUUGACCUCUCCGGAGCUCGGGCAUUUGAGCUUGAAAGAGCAGCUUUCUCACAGACAGCAUUUGUUGUCUGAAAUGGAGUCACUGAAGCCUAAAGUUCACGCAGUACAAGUCUGUCAGAGUGCCCUGAGGAUUCCUGAAGAGGUGGUCACCGGCCUGCCAAUGUGCCACAGUGCCCUCCGGCUCCAGGAGGAGGCCAGCCGCCUGCAGCACACUGCCAUUCAGCAGUGCAACAUCAUGCAGGAAGCAGUGGUUCAGUAUGAGCAAUAUGAGCAAGAAAUGAAACAUUUACAGCAAAUGAUAGAGAGCGCCCAUCAUGAGAUCCAAGACAAGCCAAUAGCAACCAGCAACAUCCAGGAACUCCAAGUCCAGAUUUCACGUCAUGAGGAGCUGGCUCAGAAGAUCAAAGGAUACCAGGAGCAAAUUGCUUCUUUGAAUUCGAAGUGCAAGAUGCUGACAAUGAAAGCAAAACAUGCCACCAUGCUGCUGACAGUGACAGAAGUGGAGGGGCUUUCAGAGGGAAUGGAGGAGCUGGAUUCAGACCUGCUCCCAGCACACCCCGCUCAUCCCUCGGUGGUUAUGAUGACUGCUGGUCGCUGUCACACGCUGCUCUCCCCUGUCACUGAGGAGUCUGGGGAGGAGGGAACCAACAGUGAGAUUUCUUCUCCACCUGCCUGUCGCUCUCCCUCACCUGUGGCUAAUACAGAUGCUUCUGUUAACCAGGACAUUGCUUAUUACCAAGCCUUAUCUGCUGAACAGUUGCAGACAGAAGCCGCUAAAAUUCAACCCAGCACUUCAGCUGCCCAGGAGUUUUACGAACCAGGCUUAGAAUCAGCUGCUAGUGCCAAAUUGGAUGAUUUGCAGCGUUCUUGGGAAACACUGAAAAAUGUGAUCAGUGAAAAGCAGCGCACCCUCUAUGAAGCUCUUGAGCGUCAACAGAAAUAUCAGGACACACUCCAGUCUAUAUCCACAAAAAUGGAGACCAUUGAGAUCAAACUAAAUGAGAGUCUGGAACCAGCCAAAAGCCCAGAGAGCCAGAUGGCUGGACAUCAGGCUUUGAUGGAUGAGAUUUUAAUGUUACAAGAAGAAAUCACUGAGCUUCAGACAUCAUUAGCCCAGGAGCUAGUUUCAGAACCACUGGAUGCAGAAGCUGCUGAUCAGCUGGCAUUGCAGUCCACUCUCACGGUCUUGGCAGAACGAAUGGCCACGAUUCGAAUGAAGGCGUCAGGAAAACGACAACUAUUAGAGGAAAAACUGAAUGAGCAGCUGGAAGAACAGCGGCAAGAGCAGGCUCUUCAAAGGUACCGUUGUGAAGCUGAUGAGCUUGACCACUGGUUACUCAAUACCCGAGCAACGCUGGACACCGCUCUGGUUACUGCUGAGGAACCUAUGGACAUGGAAGCACAGCUGGCAGACUGUCAGAACAUGCUGGUUGAAAUAGAGCAGAAGGUGGUAGCCUUGUCAGAGUUGUCUGUGCACAAUGAGAACUUGCUUAUGGAGGGGAAGGCUCACACCAAGGACGAGGCAGAGCAGCUGGCUGUGAAGCUCAGGACGCUGAAGGGCAGCCUUCUGGAGCUGCAGAGAGUGCUCCACGACAAACAGAUCAACAUUCGGGGGUCAUUACAAGAAAAGGAGGAGAGCAACCUGGACUUUGUUUCCUCACAAAGCCCCAGUGUCCAAGAAUGGCUGGCACAAGCAAGAACCGCUCGCUCACAGCAACAGCAGAGCACCCUGCAGCAACAGAAAGAGCUGGAACAAGAGCUAGAAGAGCAGAAGAAUCUGCUUCGGUCAGUAGCAUGCCGUGGAGAAGAAAUCCUCACACAGCAAGGUGCUCCAGAAGGCCUAUCAGGAAGGGCAAGUGAGAAGCCUGAUAUACUCUCUGAGGAAUUAGGCUUCGAAGGUGAGAAGCCAUCAUCUGAAGAACAGAUGAAGGUGAAAUGGGAAAUCCUGAACCAGGAAUUCAAUACCAAGCAGAGACUGCUCCAGAAAACUUUGGAACAAGACCAGCUGCAGCUUUAUAGCAGACCAAACAGACUGAUAUCUGGAAUGCCUUUGUAUAAGGAGGAGAGACAGGAUGAAGAUAAAUUCUCAGUGUCACCAGUAUUGGAUGAAUUGAAUCAGGCCUUUGAAGAUGUGUCAUCUGAGACUGGACGGGUGGAGGAGAGCCUGCAUCUUGAACAGAAGCUGUAUGAUGGUGUUGCAGCCACCUCCUUGUGGCUAGAUGGUGUGGAAGAACAGAUCUUUGUUGCUACGGCUCUGUUGCCAGAGGAAGAAACAGAAACAUACCUCUGCAAGCAAGAGUCUCUUGCCAAAGAAAUCAAAGACAUAACAGAAGAAAUGGAUAAGAACAAGAAUUUAUUUGCUCAGAUAUUUCCUGAGAAUGGUGAUAAUAGGGAUAUUAUAGAAGACACUUUGGAUUGUCUCCUGAGAAGACUGACCUUACUGGAGUCAGUAGUAAACCAGAGAUGCCAUCAGAUGAAAGGACGGCUCCAGCAAAUAGUGACUUUCAAGAAUGAUCUGAAGCUCCUGUUUACGUCAGUGGCUGAUAACAAAUAUUUAGUUCUACAGAAACUAGCAGAGGCAGCUGAGAGACCAGAAACAGAACAAAUGCAGGUCAUACUGCAGGCAGAAGAAGGUUUGAAGGAACUAGAUGCUGGAAUCAAUGAAUUAAAGAAGUGUGUAGACAACCUACAAAUUGACCAACCUUCUGUGCAAGAGCUGUCUAAGAUCCAGGAUAAGUAUGAUGAGCUGAUGAUGAUCAUUGAAUCCAGACGGAGUGACCUGAAUCAGAAUCUGGCUCUUAAGAGCCAGUAUGAACAGGCUUUGCAGGACCUGGCUGACUUGGUAGAAACAGGCCAAGAAAAGAUGGCUGGUGACCAGAAAAUGAUUGUUGCUUCUAAGGAAGAGGUUCGAUUGCUACUUGACAAACAUAAGGAAUAUUUUCAGGGGCUGGAGUCUCACAUGAUCCUGACAGAAACACUCUUUAGAAAGAUGAGUAGCUUUGCCCUCUUGAAGGAAACUCAGUCACAUUCAGAGCUAAUGACACAAGCUUCAGCUGUAUUAAAGCUGGCUCAUAAACGAGGUGUGGAGCUGGAAUACAUUCUAGAGACCUGGAUGCGUCUGGAUGAAGAUUACCAGGAACUUACCAGACAGCUGGAGUCUGUUGAAGGUAACAUCCCCACUGUUGGUUUGGUGGAAGAGACGGAGGACAGGCUUACAGACCGGAUUACACUUUUUCAGCACCUGAGAUCUAGCCUGACUGAAUACCAACCUAAAUUAUACCAAGUGCUAGAUGAUGGGAAAAGACUCCUUUUUUCUGUUAGCUGCUCAGAUCUCGAAAGUCAACUGAACCAACUAGGAGAACACUGGUUAAGUAACACCAGCAAGGUUACCAAGGAGCUUCACAGGCUGGAGACAAUACUGAAGCACUGGACAAGGUAUCAGAGUGAAUCAAAUGAAUUGACACAUUGGUUACAAUCUGCAAAGGAGCGACUUGAGUUUUGGAGCCAGCAGUCUUUGACAGUUCCUCAGGAACUGGAAACAGUCAGAGACCACCUGAACUCAUUUUUGGAGUUUUCAAAAGAAGUGGAUGCUAAAUCAUCACAGAAAUCUUCUGUCCUGAGUACUGGGAACCAGCUCCUCAGGCUGAAGAAGGUGGAUACAGCAGCAUUGCGUGCAGGAUUGUCUCACAUUGAUAGUCAGUGGACAGAGCUGCUCACAGAAAUCCCAGCAGUACAAGAGAAAUUGCACCAGCUCCAGAUGGACAAAAUUCCUUCUCGCCAUGCUAUCACUGAAGUUAUGAGCUGGAUUUCCCUAAUGGAAAAUGUCAUUCAGCAGGAUGAAGAGAAUAUAAAAAAUGUAGUAGGACAGAAAGUCAUUCAGGAUUAUGUCCAGAAGUACAAGGGUUUCAAGAUAGAUUUAAGUUGCAAACAAUUGACAGUAGACUUUGUGAACCAAUCAGUGCUACAAAUUAGCAGCCAGGAUGUUGAAAGUAAACGUAGCGACAAAACUGAUUUUGCAGAACAGCUUGGAGCAAUGAACAGACGUUGGCAGAUCCUGCAAGGCCUGAUAACAGAAAAGAUCCAACUGUUGGAAAGUCUGCAGGAAUCCUGGACAGAAUAUGAAAAUAGUGUGCAGUGCUUAAAAACUUGGUUUGAAACCCAAGAGAAGAAGCUGAAAGAGCAACAGAAAAUUGGAGACCAGGCUUCAGUACAGAAUGCUUUGAAAGACUGUCAGGAAUUAGAAGAAUCAAUAAGAACAAAGGAAAAAGAAGUAGAAAAUGUAGAACAGAGUGGUCUGUCUUUGAUACAGAAUAAGAAGGAAGAAGUCUCUUCUGCUGUUAUGAAUACACUGCAAGAAAUUAACCAUUCCUGGGCCAAUUUGGAUCACAUGGUUAGCCAACUGAAGAUAUUGUUGCAAUCCGUUCUUGAUCAGUGGAGCAUUUACAAAGUGGCUUAUGAAGAACUGAAUAGUUACCUGACAGAAGCCAGAUAUUCUUUGUCCCGUUUUUAUCUUCUUACUGGUUCUUUGGAAGCUGUGAAAGUCCAAGUUGAUAACCUUCAGAGCCUACAAGAUGAAUUGGAAAAGCAAGAAAAUAGCUUACAGAAAUUUGGUUCUGUGACCAAUCAAUUGUUGAAAGAAUGUCACCCACCAGUGACUGAAACACUUACCAACACUUUGAAAGAAGUGAAUAUGAGGUGGAACAACCUUCUGCAGGAGAUUGCAGAGCGGCUGCGUGCCAGUAAGGGCCUCCUUCAGCUGUGGCAGAGGUACAAGGACUGUUACCAGCAGUGCUCUUCCACAGUCCGUCAGCAGGAAGACCAGACCAAUGAACUCCUGAAGACUGCCACCAGCAAAGACAUUGCUGAUGAUGAAGUUACUACUUGGAUUCAAGACUGCAAUGAUGUACUCACAGAUUUGAAGGCAGCACAGGAGUCACUGGUUGUUCUUCAAGAACUGGGAGAGGAGCUAAAAAGCCAGGUGGAGGCUUCAGCGGCAGCAGCUAUACAGUCUGAUCAUCUUUCUCUGAACCAGAAUCUGUCAACCCUAGAACAGGCUCUCCGCAAGCAACAGGCUGUACUUCAGGCUGGAGUGCUGGACUAUCAAACCUUUGCCAAGAACCUGCAAGUCCUGGAGGCCUGGAUAACAGAAGGAGAAGAAAUAUUGAAAGGACAGGAUCCCAGUCACUCAUCUGAUCUCUCAUCAAUACAGAGUAGAAUGGAGGAACUCAAGAGUCAGAUGUUGAAGUUCAGCAGCAUGGCCCCGGAUUUGGACCGUCUUAAUGAGCUGGGUUACAGGCUUCCUCUGAAUGAUAAAGAAAUCAAAAGGAUGCAGAACCUGAACAGACAUUGGUCUCUGAUCUCAUCUCAGACUACGGAGAGGUUCAGUAAGCUGCAGUCUUUCUUGCUGCAGCAGCAGACCUUCUUGGAGAAAUGUGAGACUUGGAUGGAUUUAUUAGUUCAGACUGAGCAGAAGCUGGCGGCAGAGAUUUCAGGAAACUACCAGAGCCUUUUAGAGCAACAGAGGGCACAUGAGCUAUUCCAGGCAGAGAUGUUCAGCCGCCAGCAGAUUUUGCAUUCAAUUAUCUCUGAUGGGCAGCACCUCCUAGAACAAGGACAGGUGGAUGACAGGGAUGAAUUUAAUCUGAAGCUGACUCUUCUAAGUAAUCAAUGGCAAGGAGUAAUUCGCCGGGCACAGCAGAGGAGGGGGAUCAUUGACAGCCAGAUUCAUCAGUGGCAACGCUAUAGGGAGAUGGCAGAGAAGCUGCGCAAGUGGCUGGUGGAAAUAUCCUGUCAGCCAGUGAGUGGGCUGGGCAACGUUCCUAUCCCAUUGCAGCAAGCCAGAGCGCUACUGGAUGAAGUGCAGCUUAAAGAGAAAGUUCUCCUAAGGCAGCAAGGAAGUUAUAUCCUCACUGUGGAAGCUGGGAAGCAACUGCUGCUCUCUGCUGACAGUGGAGCUGAGGCAGCCCUGCAGACAGAGCUGACCGAAAUUCAGGAGCGCUGGAAGAUAGCUAGCACGCAACUGGAGCAACAAAAGAAACAGCUUGCUUUACUACUGAAAGACUGGGAAAAAUCUGAAAAGGGCAUAGGAGACUCCCUGGAGAAGCUAAGAUCAUUCAAAAAAAAGCUUUCUCAGCCUUUGCCAGAACACCAUGAUGAGUUGCAUGCAGAGCAGAUUCGUUGCAAGGAGUUAGAGAAUGCUGUUGAAGGAUGGACAGAUGACCUUGCACACCUCUCUCUGCUGAAGGAGACCCUGUCUAUAUAUAUCAGCCCAGAUGAUAUCUCAGUCCUCAGUGAGCGCAUAGAGCUUCUGCACAGACAGUGGGAGGAGCUGUGCCACCAGGUCUCCUUACGUCGACAACAAGUUAGUGAGAGACUGAAUGAGUGGGCUGUCUUCAGUGAGAAGAACAAGGAGCUCUGUGAGUGGCUGACACAAAUGGAAAGUAAGGUUUCUCAAAAUGGCGACAUCCUCAUAGAAGAAAUGAUUGAGAAACUUAAAAAGGAUUAUCAAGAGGAAAUUGCUGUAGCCCAGAAGAACAAAAUCCAGCUCCAGCAAAUGGGGGAGCGACUUGCUAAAGCCAGCCAUGAGAGUAAGGCAUCAGAAAUUGAGUACAAACUUGGCAAGAUCAAUGACAGGUGGCAACAUCUUCUAGAUCUUAUUGCAGCCAGGGUAAAGAAGUUGAAGGAGACCCUCGUUGCAGUGCAGCAGCUGGAUAAAAACAUGAGUAGCCUGAGAUCUUGGCUUGCCCACAUUGAGUCAGAGCUGUCCAAACCUAUUGUCUAUGAAACUUGUGACUCUGAGGAGAUACAAAGGAAGCUAAAUGAACAGCAGGAACUUCAGAGGGACAUAGAGAAACACAGCACUGGAGUGGCAUCUGUUCUCAAUCUGUGUGAAGUUCUUCUUCAUGACUGUGAUGCUUGUGCCACAGAAGCAGAGUGUGACUCUAUUCAGCAGGCUACACGCAAUCUGGACAGAAGGUGGAGGAACAUUUGUGCAAUGUCAAUGGAAAGGCGACUUAAAAUUGAAGAGACGUGGCGGCUAUGGCAAAAGUUUUUGGAUGACUACUCUAGAUUUGAAGACUGGCUAAAAAUCUCUGAGAGGACAGCUGCUUUCCCGCGCUCCUCUGGUGUGCUUUACACAGUUGCUAAGGAAGAACUGAAGAAAUUUGAGGCCUUCCAGAGACAAGUGCAUGAAUGUCUGACUCAGCUGGAACUGAUCAAUAAACAAUAUCGUCGCCUGGCCCGAGAGAACCGCACUGACUCUGACUGCAGCCUCAAGCAGAUGGUUCAUGAGGGGAACCAGAGAUGGGACAACUUACAAAAGCGAGUUACCUCCAUCCUGCGCAGGCUAAAACAUUUUAUUGGCCAACGUGAGGAGUUUGAAACUGCACGUGAUAGCAUCCUGGUAUGGCUAACAGAGAUGGACCUGCAGCUAACCAACAUUGAGCAUUUCUCAGAGUGUGAUGUCCAAGCAAAGAUAAAGCAACUUAAGGCUUUCCAGCAAGAAAUUUCACUGAACAACAACAAAAUUGAGCAGAUAAUUGUGCAGGGUGAGCAACUCAUUGAGAAAAGUGAGCCCAUAGAUGCAGCUGUCAUUGAAGAAGAACUAGAUGAGCUGCGUCGUUACUGUCAAGAGGUCUUCGGACGUGUGGAACGUUAUCACAAGAAACUCAUCCGCCUUCCUCUGACAGAUGACGAACACGACCUCUCUGACAGAGAGGUGGAUCUGGAUGAAUCAGCAGAUCUCUCUGACAUACACUGGCAUGACAAAUCUGCGGACAGCAUUCUCUCCCCGCACCCCUCUUCCAACCUUUCGCUGCCUCUUUCCCAGCCGGUGAGAAGCGAGCGAUCAGGGCGAGAUACCCCUGCGAGUGUGGACUCCAUUCCCCUGGAGUGGGAUCAUGACUACGACCUUAGCAGAGACCUGGAGACAGCUGUUUCACGGGCACUGCACUCUGAGGAAGAAGACGGAGGACAAGAGAAGGACUUCUACCUGAGAGGAGCAGCUGGUAUAACAGAUGUAGAGAUCCCUGAAACUCUUGAGGCCUAUGUAACACUCACAGAAAACGCGCUCAAAAAUAUCUCUGGAGAACCUGGUGCCCUGGAAGCACAUAUCCGACAGCUGGACAAGGCCUUAGACAUCAGUCGUUUCCAAAUACAGCAAACAGAAAACAUCAUCCGCAGCAAAACACCUACAGGACCAGAGCUGGAUUCCAGUUACAAAGGAUAUAUGAAGCUACUAGGUGAGUGCAGUGGAAGCAUAGACUCAGUAAAAAGGCUUGGAUAUAAACUGAAGGAGGAAGAAGAAAAAUUAUCUGGACUUAUUAACCUGAACAGUACUGAAACACAAACAGCUGGUGUAAUUGACCGAUGGGAAUUAAUCCAGGCUCAAGCUCUAAGCAAGGAGCUGAGGAUGAAGCAGAACCUUCAGCAAUGGCAGCAAUUUAACUCUGACCUUAAUAGCAUUUGGGCUUGGUUGGGAGAAACUGAAGAGGAACUGGAGAAGCUCCGCCGCCUUGAUCUCAGCACUGACAUACAGACUAUUGAGCUCAGAAUUAAAAAACUGAAAGAGCUGCAGAAAGCAAUUGAUAACCGCAAAGCGAUCAUCUUAUCCAUCAAUCUGUGCAGCUCAGAGUUCACUCAGUCUGACAGCGAAGAAAGCAAGAAGCUUCAAGAGCGCCUGUCUCAGAUGAAUGUGCGCUGGGACCACGUGUGCAGUAUGAUCGAAGAGUGGCGCUGCUCAUUGCAGGAUGCAUUAAUGCAGUGCCAGGAUUUCCAUGAAAUGAGCCAUGGUUUGCUGCUUUGGUUAGAGAAUAUUGACAGAAGAAAAAAUGAGAUUGUGCCCAUCAAUCCAAACUUGGACUCGGAAACACUGCAGGAUCAUCAUAGACUUUUAAUGCAAAUCAGACGUGAACUGCUGGAGUCUCAGUUGAAGGUGGCGUCACUGCAAGAUAUGUCCUGCCAAUUGCUAGUCAAUGCUGAAGGCAAGGACUGUCUUGAAGCCAAAGAAAAGGUGCAUGUCAUUGGAAACAGACUGAAGCUCCUCUUGAAAGAGGUCACACGUCAUAUUAAAGACCUAGAGAAAAUUCUAGACAUUUCAAGUAGUCAACUGGAAUUGUCCUCAUGGUCCUCUGCUGAUGAAUUAGACACAUCGGGCUCAGUGAGUCCUGUAUCUGGAAGAAGCACUCCAAGCAGACAGAGAACGCCACGGGGCAAAUGUAGUCUCUCACAGCCUGGACCCUCUGUCAGCAGUCCACAUAGCAGGUCCACAAGAGGUGGCUCAGGUUCCUCCCCUUCUGAGGCCGGGCCGGCGUGGCGGCGCCUGUCCUUCUUCCUCAGAGUCCUCAGAGCUGCUCUGCCACUUCAGCUCCUCUUGCUGCUCCUGAUCGGGCUGGCUUGCCUGGUGCCAAUGACCGAGGAGGACUACAGCUGUACUAUGGCCAACAACUUUGCCCGCUCUUUUCACCCCAUGCUAAAAUACAUGAAUGGUCCACCUCCAUUAUGAAGGAGACCUGUGAGACAGUGGGUGACCUUGCUGGAGUGCUAGCUGGGAGGCAGGAUGAUUUUAAAAGGUGACAGGAUUCAGUGUGGCAGCUUUACCUACCUGCUGUAGCCACCGCUGUGUCCAUAUCGUUCUCUGCUGACACUCAGCUAGUAAUGCAUCUGUAUAUCAGUAUCAAACUGCACAACGUAUUACCUGAGUAGCAUUGUUUCAAUACUCGCAUCCUGGGUACUAAGGAGGAUGUGACGUGUGUGAGGGAAAUGUCCUUCUGUCCAGCAUUCUGGAUCUUUUAGCCACUUUAUAUCCAGGUCAUUGCCCUGUACUAUGCAUAGCCAAGGACUUGAUACUGUAGAUCCUUUCCUGUGUGCUGCUCUAAAUGAGUCAUUAGCCAGUCUUUGUUAAAUACCCUUUCAGUAUCUACAGUAUACAAAAUAACCAAUGCUAAAGAAAUUUUAGAGCAUUUGUAACAUAUAAUUUUAAAGCAUCUUGUAUGGCAAUGUAUUAUUCCCCGUGGUUUCUGUUUCGGGCAUGGUGUUCUAACUUUUGCUUUGGAUGCACAAGGUGUAAAUCUGAGAAGCACUUUUUUAAGGUUUAAAAAAAUGGAUGUAAUAAUUAAGAUCGUAAAAGGUUUUAUGAGGAAAAAUGUUGAAUGUCAAGUUGAAAAACAAAGAACAUAUUUAUGUAUGUACAGUUUGCUAAGCCAAGUUUUGUUUGUAUUGAUUUCUUUGCAUUUAUUAUAGAUACCAUAAAAUA